UGAUUUGCGUUAAGUAAAUAAAUGUAAUAUAUCUUGAUAAUUAUUUUAUUGAAGUACACUGAUAUAAUGAUUAAAUUAUAUCUCAAGAAAAUAUUCACCACACUAAAUUAUUCAAUAUUUUUUGGUGCACGGUUGAUCUAAGAAGGAGGUGAAGGUUCUGACUAAUCGAAAGGGACGAUUUACGAUAAAUCGUUUCUACAUCAAUUUAAUUAUUAGAAACUGUUACUCUUGAUACGCAAAAGUGUUUUGAAAUAUGUCUCAAGAAUUCGAUGAAGAAAGUAACCCCCAGAUAAACAUCCACCGACGUUUGUAUGAACAUGAUCAACUCAGGCAAGAUUUCAUGUACGAAAAACCAAAAUUUACAUAUUUAAAACCGCAGUGCACGCCGGCAGAAGUAAAAUGCCAAAAAAUUAUCUACAAUACAUUUCCAAUUUUAAAUUGGCUGUUGCGGUACAAUUGGAGGAAAGAUCUUUUGCCGGAUUUUAUAGCUGGCUUAACAUUAGCAAUCAUGAAUAUACCGCAAGGUAUGGCAUAUGGCUUACUAGCUAAAACUUCUGCAGUAGUAGGCAUGUAUACCACAUUUUUUCCUGUACUUAUUUAUAUAAUACUUGGAACUUCCAGGCAUAACUCAAUGGGAACCUUUGCUAUAACAUCGUUAAUGGUUGGAAAAGUCGUUCUAGAGCACAGCGAUACUUCAUAUUUUCCAGACAAUAUGAAUAAUAAUAAUGAAACCGUUACAAUAGUGCCAACUGGUUAUAGUCCAACUCAGGUUGCAAGUGCACUCAGUUUGGUUGUGGCAUUGGUACAGUUAUUAAUGUUUAUAUUGCGACUGGGAGCUGUAAGUGUACUUCUAUCUGACACGUUAGUAAGUGGAUUUACUACUGGAGCAGCCAUACAGGUGUUCGUUUCUCAAUUAAAAGAUCUGUUAGGAAUUAAGUUACCAGAUCUGAAAGGUUAUUUCGUUACGAUUAAGACUCUUCAGACUUUAAUAGAAAAAAUACAAGAAACCAAUUAUGCAACGUUAACUAUAUCAGCAAUAGUAAUAUUAAUUUUAAUUAUAAACGUCCAAUUUCUGAAGCCAAUGGUAGCAAAGAAAUCGGCCAUUCCUGUACCAGUAGAAUUAUUUGUUAUAGCAAUUGCAACUAUAAUAUCAAAAUAUUGUGAUUUAAAAGGAGAAUAUGGAGUUAAAAUAGUUGGAACUAUCCCAACAGGAUUUCCAGACCCCACUCCGCCACCAUUAGAUCUUAUUUAUAAAGUUUUAUUAGAGGGAGUUACAAUAGCAAUUGUGACUUACAGUAUUUCUUAUUCCAUGGCUAUGGUGUUUGCUCAGAAAAAUAACUAUGAAGUUGAUCCAAAUCAAGAACUUUUAGCGAUGGGUGCAAGCAACAUAUUUGGAUCUUUCUUCUCUUCAAUGCCAGUGUCUGCUUCCUUAACAAGAUCUAUGUUGGCCUCAGCCAUUGGUGGCAAGACCCAGAUUGUUGCUGUUAUUGGCUGUGUUUUAUUGGUCUUUGUUUUAUUAUGGUUAGGACCCAUAUUCGAAUUAGUACCUAAGUGCAUAUUAGCUAGUGUAAUAGUGGUAGCUCUCAAGGGACUUCUACUACAAGUUAAGGAAGUUAUGGCAUUUUGGAAACUCAGUAAACUUGACGCUUUAGUAUGGGUGAUCACUUGUUUAACUGUCGUUUUGGUCAGUAUCGAUAUUGGUCUACUAGUUGGCAUAGGAAUGUCUUUGGCAACCAUAUUCUAUUUAUCUUUCAAACCGAAUACAUGUAUAUUGGCAUCCAUACCUAGUACAGACCUGUAUUUAGAUAGCAAAAGAUAUAAAGGCUGUAGAGAGAUAGUUGGACUGAAAAUAUUCCAAUACAGUGGAGGUAUAAAUUUUGCAACUAGAAACAUAUUCAAAUCCGAUCUAUUUACAUUAAUUGGUAUUGAUCCCCAAAAAGAGAUAAUCAAUCGAACAAAAUUGUACGAACUUGAGGACCAAAUAAAUGGAAACAAAGAGAAGAUUAAUAAGUUGCGAAGAAAAGUAGAUUAUAGUUUAAAGUGUUUGAUAAUGGAUUUUUCAACUGUUAGUUGUGUAGAUCCUUCUGGAAUAGCCAUGUUGAAAUCUGUCAUAGAGAGUUUUGAGAAAAUAAAUGUUCCUGUAUAUAUUGUUGGUUGUACAGAUUCGGUAUACAACUUGAUGGAGAAAUGUGGACUUCUAACAACAAAAUCCAGCUUUUUGAGAUUAUUCCCGAGUAUUCACGAUGCCGUUAAGUGUUACAGUAAUGUAUUUGACGUUUCGAUAGAGCGAGCUAUUCACAAGAUUAGUGUAGCUUCAAUGUGAUAUAUUUUUUUAUU